CAAAUCGCGAAAAUAAUAGCCCUGGGUUAGUCGCGUCAGUCUCCUCGCAUCAGACCACCAUCGCCGCCGUUGCCCUCCCCUCACCCCUUCCCCGCUCCGUUUCCGCCAUGGCCCAACCCGCGUUCCUCUCCUCCCUCCGCUCCCGCCUCCGCUCGCCGCCGCAGCACCCUCACCUCCAGCCCAGCCGCGGCUACCACGUCGAGCUCGGCGCUCGCGAGAAAGCUCUUGUGGAGGAGGAUGUUGCUUUAAAGAGGUUCAAAUCAUACAAGAAUAGUGUGAAACAGGUCUCGAAGAUUGGGAAUGUUCUCACUAUCGCUGUUGUUGUUGCCUGUGGCUACGAGAUCGCUGUAUUGGCAACAAGCACAAAAUGAAGGGAAGCACAAUGCGGGUGCUCAGAUAUCCCAGAAAGUUGAUUCAUCAGCAUAAAGUGACAUUGUGUCACUUCCUGUUUUUGAGCUUCCUUUGUUGAUCGUACCAUGUAAAAUAAAAUAAACUAGGUUAACCUUGUCUGCGAAUAACUCUAUGGUUUCUAUGCCAAGAAUUACUUGUAAACAAGUGAUCCAAGCUUUACAUCUUGAUGAUUGGGCGUUGCUUGACUUCA